AUGAAUGCGCACAGUGGAAUGAUGCAGAGCAGAAGACGUCUGCAUGCUGCUGUUGGAAUACUUGUAUUGCUGGGUGCAUUGUCCAUACUAUUCUACAUUGUGAACUCUAGCUCAAGAACAAGCGACAGCGGCUCUUACGGCAACCGCAUUAGACUUGGAGCUAGCUAUCAACCAAAUGAACUUGACACAUGGUAUGGAUCACAUAACAUAGUCGAUCCUUACACCACAAGGACGGCUAAUCCAUACAUCAGAUCAUCGCAGUCAGAUAUCUAUAGUACUACUCCAUCUUUCAAACCAUCUCAUCAACGAGAAGGCUCGACCUUUUCUGUUGCAGGUAGUCCUAAGCUUGAGCCAAGUAAAGUCACAAUACCAACGUACUCUUCGGAACAUCAAUACCAUUCUCCAUUAUUGCAUCCAAGAUCGACACACCAACCAUCUGCAUCUUCAACAAGACAUCCUAGUUCUGAGUCUUUCACACAGCCGCUUUAUCCAAGCUUAAUCCAUCAGCCGUCAUCUGCACAGAAGUCUACGGCUACAUCGCAGCAUUAUGGAUCGGAGUACUCCUCACUAUCUAUAAACCCAAGCUCUGUUGUUAUUCCUGGGUCUUCUUCAUUUUCAGCAGACCCAAGUAGUAUAUCCGUUCCUCAAUCCUCAUGA